CGGAUGAAAGUCAAUUAAUACAUCAAUCGGAACACCUCGGCCAUUUUCAAUAUCAAACGGAGUUUGGGAAAUAGUAAACUGUUAUAAAUCUCGACAGAUGGAGCUUCCACCUCUCUGAUGAUGCACAUGCUUUCCACCACCAGAUCAGCCAAGGUAUAAGUAACAAGAAGAAAUUUACAACAGCAGACUGAAAAAAAUGUCAGGGGAGUCAUCUACAGGCUGCAUGCAGAGAACCCAUGCCAUGGGUCUGGUGUUCCUUGAUUCCAUACAGUCCUACCUGGUGGAAGCAGCCUACUUCUUGUUCUUCCUGGCACGGCACAUGACACUGCCUCUCUUCCAGGAGUAUGUGCAACAGCAGACCCUUGCAAAGAGACAUCUCCAUGCCGGCCUUGACAUAGACUCCACGCCACUUAAUGAGACUCAACUUUACCAUGAGGCUCAAAGAGAGAGUGCUGUUGUUGUUCUUAGUCUCCAGAUAGCGGAAGGACUGCCGGCAGUUGUCACUGUAAUCAUUCUUGGAGCACUCAGUGACAGGACAGGUCGCAGGAGGAUACUGCUCUGGUUACCUGCCCUUGGUAGUUCAAUAUACUGUUUUAUAUACAUUAUGAUCCAGUACACAGGUUGGUCAAUAGAUGGUCUGUUUAUGGCCUCUGCAAUUCGUGGUCUAAGUGGCAGUAUGACAGCUGUGCUUGCAGGAGGCUCUUACUACGCUAUAAAUGUAGUGAAACCCCACCAAAGAUCCAGCAGACUCGCUCUGCAAGAAUUGUUGAAUGGUGCAGCAUAUGCACUUGGAAAUAUUAUGGUGGGAUUUUGGGUCCAAGCAAGUGGGUUUCUACAACCAUUCUGGUUUUGUUUCAUCUGCAGUCUAGCGUCACUGUUGAUAUCCUUUUUUCUGGUGAGGGAAGUAAAACCUGAAUCAAAUAGAUCACCAUCGAGACAGGAAAUGACUGGAAACUGUUGUAUCGACACUUUUAAGCCGCUUGGAAGGUUUUUUAAGUGCAAAAACAACAUAAAGCUUGUCAGAGUGUGGCUGGCAAUACUAGCAUUUCAGACCUAUGCAAUUGUUCAUAUUGGACAAAUCAAUACUCUUGUCCUCUAUUUAUUGGGCCCGCCUCUAAAUUGGGAGGCAACAAAGAUUGGGGUUUUCCUGUCAGUAGCAAUGGCCUGUGCUGCAAUUUGCACAGGAACCGUUACACCAGUUCUGAAACGCUACUUUCCUUUCUUCACGGAAACUCACAUAGCCCUGAUGGGAUUUGUCUCAAAGUUGACUGGGACCCUUUGGAUUGCUGGCAUUCAUAAUGGAGUCAUCCUGUAUGUAGCAAUUUUCCUUCUGAUUUUUGAGCUGUUGCCAUUUCCCAUGAUGAGGGCUAUAGUGGCCCAGGGCAUUGAACCAGCCCAGCAAGGUUCCCUGUUUGCGCUGAUGCAUUCUGGUGAGAGCAUCUCAUACUUCCUGGCCCCACUCAUGUUCCAGUCCAUCUACGCUGACACACUACGCUAUUACGCCGGAUUCGUGUUCGUUGUGUCUGCUCUACUUCUUAUUCUGCCAUUUGGACUGACCUUAGGAAUUAGGUACAUAGACCUGCAUGCCUCCGAACUUGGCUAUGAGGUGAUGGAAGGAAAGUCUGAGCUGAUAGCCAAUGAGGUUCCAGUAGACAGUUCCCAGCCUGACCAAGAGGAGGAGCUGACACCCCGCAUAAUGACCACAUCACUGAGUGGGAACCAGCCUGAUAUUACAGCAGCUGGCACCACAGACACAGUCUGAUGCAUGUAUUUUGUUUGAGAAUAGCAAAUUCUAGCUUGCCUAGAUAACGUACUUAGUCUUACUGAUAAUCAGCACCUUCACUGUAUUUGUUCUAGAGCUGGCCUACAUAAAUUACUUUAUUCAGCAGCUUCACUGUAUCACCUAAAAGUGGUUGCUUGAAUUAGUAUUGGGCAACACUCCAGGAGUUGCCGCCAAGAGUUGAUAACCUAUUUAUUAUGUUAUUCCUAUGUGUUUGUUUAUUUAGUCAAAUCAAUUUAUGAUUACAAUGAUGCCAUAUUUAAAUCUCUGGUAACUUGUCUAUACAUAUAGGUUAAACUGAGAGUCAAGAAAAAGGUUCUCUUGUAAUUCCAUGUAUUUUGGUGAAGCACAGGAUACAGUGAGUAGGGAAUCUUCACUUUCAUCCAAAAUGUUUGUCUUAAUGUAUAAUUAAAACUUACAACUGCAUGUAUUUAGAAGACAUAUUUUCAUCCAAAGGAACGAUACCUGAUGAGUGGCACUUGUUCUUGUCACACAUUUCUUGUUACAUUUCUACUGUUAAGACAUGUAAAUAUUGUUGUUUAACUACUGUCAUCAUUAUUGUAUUGGUAUAAAUGAAACAGAGGCUUUCACAUGUCAUGUUAAUCAAAUCAGAUGUGUGACUUUCAGUACAAUGAUAGGAUGAUAAAUAAUGUUCUUUUAUGAAUGAAUGUUAAAUAAGAUAAAUGCAAAAAUAGUUGUUAUGAUGAUAUAAAGGGAGUUUUCUAAAAGACAUCUGUAUCCAAAAAAUGGUCUGAAUGAAUAUUACAAAAAUAUCUUGAAAUGUCAUAAAUAUGAUUUUAAAAUUGAACCAAAGUUUCAGCUUUAGUGGAUUGAUACUUCCAUACAAUGUAUUGACCGUGUAUUGCCUGUGCUUAUUAAGAAGCAUUUUGAUCAACCUGUUGGUGUGUGUGUGUAAAUAUCUUCAAUAUUUGUAACAAAUGUGUUUGCCUGUUUUUGUGUCACUUCAAAAGGUCACAUAUAGGUAUUACUUUUGGCGUUAUUGGCAGUUGCAGCAGCGUCAAUGGCUUCAGAGUAAGCAAAACCUUGUGCAGACAGUAACUUAAGAAUUUAUUUUACAAUCAAGAUGAAACUUAUUAGAAGUAUUUGUUGGAAUAUUGUUAUGGUCAAGUUUGAUAUUUGAGUAAAUCAUAUCAGUAACUCCAGAAUUAUACACCUUUUCUGUUAAAAAUAAUAGUUUUAUGUCUUGUGCAGACAAUAACUCAAGUAUUUAUUAUCAAAUCAUGAUGAAACUUGGUGACAGUGUACAUGGCAUGAUUUCUCAGUCAUGGGGAAUUGCAUGAAUCGCUGCAGUUACUGAAAUAACUAUGAAGUUCUGCUCCAUUUACAUAAAUUUGUUUAUCAUGAUUGAUUUUACUAUGAAAGUUGCUUCAUUGUUCAUAGCAGGAGACACAUUCAUUUCCUCGGAAUUCUCGUUUUUUCUUAAAUAUUGCUUGACUGUAUAUCUAUUAUUAAAAUAUUAUUUCAUUAUUUUUUUUACAGUAAAGUUCUUAUGUUUAUUUGUACAUGUACUUAAAAUUUUAUCUAUAUGCAUUCUGUGAUAUUUUUUAAACAGUGAGUGUUACAGUGAGAGUCAGUGUUACAAUGAGUGAUCCUGCUAAAAUACAUGUAGGUUGAUAAGGCAUUAUGAUAAAAUAGUAAAAGGGUAGCUUCAUCUGCUCAUUUAUUGUAAAAGUAAGCAUAUAUUGUAUAAAUGUACAUAUUCAAUACAUUCUGACUUGCACUUAAUAACACAGGAAUGAAUUCUCUUUACCUUGUUUAAUACUAGCAAAAGCCAUUUAUGUAUAAAUAAAUGUUCAUGCCUAAACUUGGUUUGCAAUUUAACUGCCAUAAACUCAUUUAACGUUUCUUUUCAUGGGAAACAGUUGUUCUGGUAUUUGUUUGUAAUUGUUUAUGUGAGUGAAAGUUGUUUAAUAUUGAGAGGGAAGUAUAUUGCAUAAACAAGUAUCAUUUUAUGGCCUGUCUAUUGUUUGUCAUUUUAUGACCUGACUUCUGUUUGUCAGAUUAUGACCUGACUACUGUUUGUCAUUUUAUGACCUGACUUUUGUUUGUCAGAUUAUGACCUGAAUGCUGUUUGUCAGAUUAUGACCUGACUACUGUUUGUCAGAUUAUGACCUGACUGCUGUUUGUCAGAUUAUGACCUGACUACUGUUUGUCAUUUGAUGACUUGACUUCUGAUUGUCAUUUUAUGACCUGACUUCUGUUUGUCAGAUUUCCGUAUGACCUGACUUCUGUUUGUCAGAUUUCCGUAUGACCUGACUUCUGUUUGUCAGAUUACGACCUUACAAUGUUUGUCAGAUAAUGACCUGACCACUGUUGAUCAUUUUAUGACCUGACUACUGUUUGUCAGAUUAUGAUCUGACUACUGUUUGUCAGAUUAUGACCCGACUUCUGUUUGUCAUUUUAUGACUUGACUUCUGUUUGUCAUUUUACAACUGGACCACUGUGUGGUCAAAUUUGGUUGAAAAUUGUAAAUAUGUAUAGAGAAUAGAAACGUUUAAAUUUAUUGAGUGCAAUAUAAAGACAGCUUUAGAGAAGGUCAUGUUCAUGUUUAUGCUAGGUGUAUCAUUUCUAAAGUUGGCAGAUAUUUAUUACAUUAUUUUAUGGCGACAAUUCAUUUGAAACCGUCAUUUCAUGAUGACAAGGUGUAUGGUGUACAAAUUUUUUCUUCUUCAAAUGUUUUCAUUUGAAUUUGUUUCCAAAAUAUGUUCAUGCAUGACCUUCACAGAUGUCAUUUUUAAAGAUGUAGUAAAAAAAUGUAUUUGUAAUAACGUCCAUUUAUAUGCCUCAAUCUGAAAUAUUUCACCUUAUCAAGUUUUGUGUUCAAAACCAGUAUACUUGACUUAUACAUUUUUUGUACAUGCUUGUAAUUUUUUGUUUCAUGAUGUUUCCGUUAAGAGUUAUGUUUCAUAAUGCUUUAUAAGGUAUUAAAAUACACUUCAAAA